AUGGUCACGCGCAUCUUCAAUUGCUUGCUGGUCCAGCUCGGCCUCGCAAGCGCUGUCGGAUCUCGAGAGCUUACGUCGCAACUCUUUGAAGUUUGGAACGAGAUGACGUCGAAUGUGCCCUUGUACUCCUGGCUGAAGCUGCCGGCCUUUACGGAUAGCGAGGUCUACCAGCCGGCGUUCGGGAAAAACGCCCCUCCCGGCGAGUACGUAUUCACGCCUACGGACCUCGUUUUGCCGACCUGGUUCUCGGGUGUGAGCGGAACCGAUGCAUCGUUCUGGAAUGUCACGCAGCUCGAUGCCAUGCACCAGAUGGCAGCGCAGGCCUUCGAGUGA